AUGCCGGUGUUCGGCGUCAGCGUGCAGGAUGCGUGCAGGGAGAGCGGCGGCCUGCCGAGAGUGGUCGCGGAGACCAUCGCAUGGCUCGAUGCGCAUGUCGGCGUCAAGCCCGCGGAGAACAUGUUCAAAGUUCGCGGAGACCACAACAAGAUCCAGGAGUGCCGCAUCAGGUACGACAGGGGCGAGGUGAUGCCUCUGAAGGGAUGCGCCGACGCGCACACCGUAGCCGGCGUGCUCAAGCUCUACCUCGCCUCCCUCCCGGAGCCGCUUCUCACCUUCCGCCUGUACGACUCCCUCCUCGCGGUGGCGGCGAUGCCCUCGAGGUCCAGGCGGGUCCUCGCCCUCGGAUCGCUGCUCGACUCCCUCGACGUCAGCGCCAAGCGGACGCUCUCCGCCGUCUCUGCGUUUCUUCGAAGGUGCGCCCAGGCCAACGCGGCGGCGAGGAUGGCGGCUUCGAAGAGCGAUGCGGACGAGACCGCCACCCUCGCGCGAUGCGUCAGGGACAUCUCGACCGCGUUUAGCCCGCUCCUUCUCCGCCUGCGCGGCGCCCAGAGAGACGCGGCGGCGCUCGCCGAGGACACCGCUCGCGCCGACCACGUCGUCGAGCUCCUCGUCGAGUACCACGCCGAGAUUAUCGGUCUCAACAGGCACAAGCACAGGCAGCAGGGCGCGGGAACGGACCAGGGGAACGGAUGCGAGGUGAUGUCCAGGAAAGGCGGUGGCUUGGGUGCGAGCGAUAACGGGCGCAACGCGCACAGGGACGAACGCGCGCGCGUCGCCGCGGCGACCCUCGGGAAGGAAAACGCGAGCGACGGCGGCGCCAAAACCUUUCAGACUCGGACGGCGAAGGAGAAGGAGAGCUCGAACGCGCACGUCCACGCGCAGCAGGCGAGGCGCCCGGUCGCGACGCUGGACGUGCAUCUCGCGAAUGACUUCGCGGACGUCGCGAUGGACGGGCUGAUAGACGAGUUCGUGGGGUGGAGCGUGGGAGGUUUGAUGGGCGGCGACGACCUGUUCACCGCCGAGAUUGAUCGAGCCGCGGGCAGCGCUCUCGAGGUGCUCUACAAGGGGGGCAUACAUCGCAUGCCCCCGGACGAGCUCGCCGCGGAGAAGCAGCACAUCAAGCGACGGUUGCGGUCGUUCGAUAACCACGUGGCAGCGUGCAGCGGGAGGAAGGCGACCAAGGAGGACAAGAGGCACCUCCGGCCCCUCUACCUCCGGCUGGCGCACGUGAAACGGCAAAUCGGAGUAUUGGAGCAGUCAGGCGCGGGUCAGCACGGGGCGCAGAGGGGGACCGCGAGAACGUAG